GAUAUCGAUAUCUCACCUUCAUUGGCCAACCAGCAUUCAUGUUAUUUGAGUGCGAGACAAAUGAAAACAUUUAAAUUAAUGAGUCAAAUGAAAAUGUUUAAAUGACUAAAUUAUCGAAUUGAGAAUUGAAAUUCUAGAGGAAUGUGCAUACCCGUUAAGCACUGGACUUCACUCGAUGACUGAAUGAAAUGUUGAUUAUAUAGCAAACUGAUUUCGUGUUUGUGACACCUAUUUGCACUAAACAGUGCAAAAAUAAACAAUUAAGCUUUUCAUCUGACUCACCCUCGCAUACAAUAUUCCACACACAGAUACAGUAGCGGAUUUAUUACAAUGAAUGUAAAGGCUAUAGAGAUGAGUGUUACAACUUUGUUUGAAUAUCACAGACUCUCGAGUUUUAGUCUUGCUCUCACCCUUGAGUUUUUAUUCUUACGUUAAAGUGAUGGGAGUGGUUGUGCUGAGGCAAUCGUUAAAGAGAAGUUCAGAAAUGAUUCAGCAACCCGUGGUGAGGCAUGAUGCUGCUGCUUUAGAUGCCUUGAGCUCUGGUACCGCGGGGUUUCCCUCUCGCAUCACCAUGUGUGGGUAAGAGCUCUGACGUUAACCCCUCACUUUCCUCUCUCCAUUUUGAGGUCUUAACGUUCUCUCUGGCCUACCUGUGUAAGAUGGAGGGCUUGAGUUAAAGGUAAAUGCGUGGUGUAAGUGGGGAAAAGCCCACUGGCUCUAUCUGCAUGUCGAAUUCGGAAAACCCCGACGAAUUUUAGUAUCUUUUCUUAGAGUUAUUACUGUAGCAGACCGCUCAGUGUAAGUCCUGUUUGUUUGUAAUUGUAGGUUUUUGGUGGUUUUUUUUUUUUUUGGUCUAAUAUAGAUCGUGUUUGUCUUGUUUUGCCAGUGGUGGAUUAGCUAUAUGUUGGUUUUCUUUAAGAAAACCUUUUCUAGCUUAGACAGAGCAAGGAAAAGCCAUCACAGUGUAAUUAAAUGAUAAAUGAUGAGUUAUGAUCAUACUUUUUUUUUAUUUAUUUAUUUUUUAACUAUACGUGUUUAGAAAAUGGUUAUUUUGUCAUGAAUAUAAAAUGUAUAUUCUUGAAGCUUAAAAAAAAGACUUUGGAGCUUGCAAUGAAAAAAUAUUUCAGUAAAUAUUUAAUAAUCUAACAAUAAUGUGAUCAUUGAGGUUACACAGAUGACUCCUGAGCACUGUGUCCUUUAGAAAUAUCGUGCCACUGUAUUAUCGUCUAAAGGGCCAGAAAUGUUGCUUUUCCAUGACGCGUAGCCUCCAGGCCUGUUUGUCUGAUAAAUAUCACUGUGUCAGCAUUUCAUUUUCAGCUGUUGAUAUCAUGUUUUUGACUAUACACCUCAUUCUGCGUUCCAGUUAUGACUUAACCCUUCGUUUCUAAUGGCAGCUGUAAGCUUCAAAAACGACCGGGAAAGUACUGCAUGUAGGCGAUUUUUAAAAAUUUUUUUUUUCGAAUACAGCAUUUAAUGACAUCCCACUUAUUAUUCCCUCGUCACGCCGCUUCAUUUGUCAUGUCUCAUUACUCAUUACGGUAUUUCCAUUAAUACCAAAUAAUAAGAAUUGUUCACUUGUGAGUGUUUUUUUUCUUUUAAUUUUGUGCAGUUCGUUUAGUAGACGCUAUAUUGAUGCUGCAUCCACAUAUUUAAGGUUGAUUUAUGGUGUAUUAACCCAGUCUCUGCCGUUCCAGGUUGAAUUGAUUUGGAUGCUCCAUCCUGCUGUAGAUUUGAGCCAUGAGUGUACUGCUGGUGGAGGCUUUCUACGGCGGCUCUCACAAGCAGCUGAUGGACCUUCUUCAGGAAGGUGUAGAAGACUGCGUGGUUUACACGCUUCCUGCUAAGAAAUGGCACUGGAGGGCCAGAACGGCAGCGCUGCAUUUCAUGCAGGCUGUCCCAAGCAGCCAAGCGUACAGGAUUUUAUUUACAAGCUCUGUGCUCAACCUCGCCGAACUGGUGGCCCUGCGUCCAGACCUCGCCGCUCUGAAGAAGAUCCUCUACUUUCACGAAAACCAGUUGAUUUAUCCGGUCCGCAAAAGCCAAGAGAGAGACUUCCAGUAUGGCUACAACCAGAUCCUUUCAUGCUUGGUGGCGGACGUGGUCCUGUUUAACUCGGCGUUCAACAUGGACUCGUUCCUGUCCUCCAUCUCCAGCUUCAUUAAGACGAUCCCCGACCACCGACCCAAAGGCCUGGAGGAGCUCAUCCGGCACAAAUGCCGCGUCCUUUACUUCCCCAUCCGCUUCCCCGAUGUCACCAGAUUUCUGCCGGAACACAAGCUCCUGUUGAGACCAACCCAGUCUCGGGAUAAUAUCGACUCGCGAGAUUCCCGAAAGCAUCCUGAAACAGCAGCAGCUAGACACGAGUGUGCUGCAGAAGACCCGGAGCAUCGACUAGCGUCCAAGCAGUGUUCUGAUCCAGAAAGAGGAAUGCCACGGCCCCUGCACAUCGUUUGGCCCCAUCGUUGGGAACAUGACAAAGACCCUGAGCUGUUUUUCCAGACCUUGCUAAAGCUGAGCGAGCGAGAGCCGAGCUUUGAAGUGUCCGUCCUCGGGGAGACAUUUACCGACGUCCCAGACAUCUUCGCCGAGGCUAAGGAACGGUUGGCUCGCCACAUCCGCCACUGGGGUUUCAUGCCCAGUAAGGAGGACUACCUCAGAACGCUAUGCCAAGCAGAUGUUGUCGUUUCCACGGCCAAGCACGAGUUCUUCGGCGUGGCCAUGUUGGAAGCAGUGCAUUGUGGUUGCUACCCACUGUGUCCAAAGGCUCUUGUCUACCCAGAAAUAUUCCCUGGUUCGUAUCUGUACUCAACACCUGAGCAACUCUUUAAGAGACUUAAGAGUUUCUGUAAGCAUCCUCAUUUAGCGAGACAACAUGUUCUUCAGGUGAACACGAAAAGGUUUUCCUGGGACGCUUUGGGACAGGAGUACAGAUCUCUGUUGACGACAGGUUCCAGCAACACGUCAUGAGAGAUGUGCACAUACGAACCUCAAUCAGGAUUGACACGUAAUGGGAAAAGACCAUUUUAGCAGCACUUUAUCAGUAGCAUCCCAUAUCACGGAGUUUUUUUAAAGCACGUCUUUUUUAAAUCGCUUAAAGCUCUCCAUUUUCAAGAGUCUACUUUUUUUUUUUUUUUUUUUUUUAAACUAUUAUUAAAAUUCAUAACUUGAAACUCAUCCAUAAUGCGGUCAUCAUGAGUGAUUGAUUAAUGCGACACUUAACAGGUAAGUAGUAUAUUAUAAAUGGCAAAUACAUAAAGUACAAAAGGAGUACAAGAAUAAGCAGUCAGAAUCCCCCAAACAUGUCCUACAGGCAACUAAAAUAAAGCAUUACUCAUGACUCUCAUAACAGACACAGCCACAAACCUGCCUCUGCCUCACCACCUCUCCAGUAAAACAACAUCCACAGCACAAGGACCUCAACGCUGAGUUCUUUUACAUGCAUAGUUUUAAGGGAGAGGAGAAAAAAAACAAGAAGUAAAAAAUAAACAACCUAGAAACCUGCGACCGCCGUCCAUGUUUUCCGCUUAGGCGGUGCCACCUCACAUUUCGGUUCAGAUCCAUUUUUAUCCUUUUUGUGCCCGAGCAGAGCUGCACGGCUGGAAUCUUCGCUUCCCACUCAGGCUGAGUGGCAGCCAAAGUUGUGGUUUGAAUCUCUUGUGGGCUGCACCUGGGGUUGCCAGGUUGUGACAGAGUCCCCCAAGGCUCAGAAAAGGUUAAUAGGAGGCCUUCGCUGCGCUGUGGUUGUGUCUAAAUAUAUUCAUAGUGUUUGCGUUUGGAAAUGAACCGACGUAUAAUUAAGGGGGCCCAAGAACUAGGUAUUUAUAAGUAGUCAAGAAAUGUAAAGAGGAAGAUGAAAUAACAUAUUUCCCUAUAAGUGUGUUUGCAUGUCAACCGCACGUGAGUGCUUGGACCCUUUGGUCGCUACCCCCUUUUAAUCUGCGAUGCUGAAAUCGUUUAAGUUGGUCAUUGGGGGAAAAAUUAUAACAAUAAAUCCCUUUUUAAACUGCUACCUCUGCCUUUGUGACAUGCAGCUAAUACAAAUGUAUUGCUAAUUCAGGUGCAGCAGAUGUGAGAUCGGAAUUAAAGGAAGAAAUGAAAUCAGGUUGUUAUAUAGCCCCCUUAUUUUCUGAGAGCAAAAUGAGGCCCAUCGUUCUUGCUUUUGGCAUAGGACCUGACGCACCUCCGGUUGAAAAAUGGUUCCUAAUAUCUUUUAUCAGCAUUCCUCAUGUGCAACUAUGAUUUUCUUUCCUCCAGAAGAUGCAGAGAGGUUAGCCGCUUGAUGGAUGUGUUAUUUCAGGGACAUUCCCACUCAUGGAUUCGUGUACAGUGGUCUCAGUCUCAUAAUCAAGCAUGUGCAAAGAUCCUAGUACAAAAGAAUCUUUAAGGGAGAUAAUGUGAUUUCUCACAUUUCGGUUUGGCGAAAGCCAACACCAUGUCUUGCCGUGGUAUGUUAGGCUCCAAAAACGGAUUGCUUUGACCCCUGAGUGCCAUGACAGAUCCGUUGUCGUUUGAGGAUCCUCUCCUGCAGCGUCAGACGAGUCUGGCCAACCUGAGGUCAGGACCUAAUGACGCCGUAAAGCUUAUACCACUGCUGUUUCGGCACUUACAAAAUGUCACCCCACAUAUAAAAACUUAAUAGCAACCUCUGUAAAAUGCAGUAGGCAUUAAGCCCUUUUUUCACUGGCUGUUUUAAUCCAUGUUCCUGCUUCUCACUGACUGUAUCGGAGGAACCGAAGUGACACAAACAGACCAAAACUCAAAGCCUGGUUGCGUGAAAUGGCCUUAUAUUUUCAAGUCAUUCUUGAAGGCUUUUGAAAUGAAUGGACUUAUAAAUGUUAGGCAAACAUUAAAACUCGAUUAGGAUUUGAUAGAAGAAAGGCCCGGUGGAGUGGGACUUUACUAACAUUAAAAAAAAAAAACCUCUAGUAUUGCAGUUUCCUGAUUGGCUGUCAAUCCAGUAGUCCAUCAGAUCUGGCAGUUAAGUGUAAUUGUGUAGUAACACUUCAAAUUCUGAUAUGCCAAAAACACAGGACAAAUUAACACAGGUGGCAGAAACGAAGACUUGUCAAGUCCUGCGAUAACUGCCUUUCCACCCACUACUGUACACUGAGCGUCUGGCAGUUUAAUCCCUCACCCACCUCACAGAUUCUCAGUCUUAACAGAAGAUUUGCGGCUGCUGGUUAGAAAUGUGUUUAUCUCGGACAUACCCUUUCACUUUUUCGCAGGACACUGGAUAAAGGGUUUUAAUUUGGACAUUUCUCUAGCUGUGCUUUCUGUGGUCUCUAAUAAAGUUGACUACAAUAUAAAAAUUGCAACAGCUGCCCCAAGUUACACGGAAAGGUGUUGAUUGUUGUUGGGAGGAGGUUUGGGGGUGUUUUUUUUUUUUUUAAAUGGAUUAUCAACGCGAAACAGUGGCAUUAAUUUCACGCCCCAGCAGUGAUCCUGCUUCUGUUUGGCUGUUGUUCUAAAACCUGAAAGGGAAAAUUAAAGAAUGAAAUACUUUAAGCAAUGAAUACCUUUAGUGUGUGUGUGUGUGUGUGUGUGUGUGUGUGUGUGUGUG